GCACGGCCCAAAAUGGACGCCGUCCGAUGAGGCCACCGCCGCAAAAACCCUAGCUCUCGCCCUCUCCCUCCCCCUCCCCCUCCCCCUCCCCCUCCCUGCCACCCAUGGCCACCGCCACCGCGUACACCCUCCGCCUCUCCCCGCCGCCGCCGUCGCCAUCCCCUCGCCGGCAGCAGCACCACCACGCCCCGCUCCUCCCCCAGCGCCCCCGCAGCCGCCGCGGGGCCACCGCGAGGGCGGCGGCGGCGGCCAGCUGGGCACCGACGGACCGCGGCAGCGACGACGGGCUCGGCGGCUGGUGGCUCCCAGUCCCCGAGCAGCAGCAGCAGCAGAAGCAGCCGGCGGAGCGCGGGAGGGAAGUGGGGAUUGGGAUUGCGGGUUCCCGAAGAGCUCUCGCGGUCGGGCUGGGGGCUUCGGCGGCGAUCGCAUUGGUGGGGAUGAUGUGGCACUUGCCGUCGUCGAGGAAGUGUUUGCAGCAAUUUGUACAUGCCCCAUUACACUAUGUUCAAGAGAAGUUAUCAACACUGGAGUCAAAAGAGACUCCCGAGGAGGAUGCAGGUGACAAGGAGUGGGAUAAUAUUGAUGUUUCAAAGACAGCUAAUGACGAGAGGGUUGAUACAAAAACUGAUGAUUCAAGCCAAAACCACAUGCCAGCUGGUGGUGUACAUGUUCUAUUUAGAGCUCCUGUAGAUCCCAUGCACGAGGAGGCUUUCUCUAUAUUGAAGAAGCUACAGAUAAUUGAAAAAGAUGCUAGCUCCAGCGACUUUUGUUCUCGAAGGGAAUUCGCAAGAUGGUUCAUUAAGUUACACUCAAAAUUAGAAAGGAAAAAGAUGCAUAGGAUCAUCCCUAAUAGAUUAACUUUUGGAUCAGUCAGAAGUGCCUUCGACGAUAUAGAUGCUGAUGACCCAGAUUUCUUGUACAUCCAAUCUUUAGGAGAAUCAGGCAUUGUAUCUAGCAAGUUAUCGAACUUCCUGGGAACAUCAACAAGUGGUUCUUCUAGUGACAGUGGAAAUUCAAACUUCCUACCCAACAGUUAUCUAUCACGUUUUGAUCUUGUUAAUUGGAAAGCACUAGUGGAGCAUCCAUUUGCAACUGAACUAGACCAGAAGAUGCUGAGUAAAAAUGUUCGCAUUUUGGAUUUGAGGGCUUGGCCUGAUGUACCAUCAUCUAUACUUGUAGAUUUGAUGGGUGGUGAACAGAGCAUCAUCAGCAAAGUUUUUGGAAACACAAGAUGCCUUCAACCACAUAAACCUGUUACAAAAGCACAAGCAGCUGCUGCACUGACCAGUGGCCGAAUGGAAGAAGUAAUACGUGAUGAAUUGAACAGACUAGAAGCAGAGAAUCAAUCCCAGCUUUCUGUUAUGGGUGAAAUAAUGGAAGAGUUAAUUAAUAGAGGAGAUAUAAAAAGAUAUUGGGAGGACAAGAUGAAAGUGGAGGAAAUCCGUGAGGUUGCAGUUGAUAAGCAGCUUCAACAUGUGCUGCAAGAGCUUGCAAAUGAGAAAACAGAUAGAGAAAAGGAACUUGCGGUCUUACUGAAAGAGAGAACAGCUCUAGAACAUCAGAAUCAGGAACUUAUGAAUUUGAGGUCAGAGAUUGAUGGGAUGUAUGAUAGACUAGCCAUGGAAAGUCUAGAGGUCAUGACUGAGGAACAAAACCUGGAAAAGCUCUCACUUGAUGUGAAUAGGAAGCAUCAAGCUGUCUCUGAAUCCAAAUCUUAUCUUGAAGCUGAGAAGGAAGCUCUUACUAUGCUAAGGUCUUGGGUGGAAGAAGAAGCAGCACGUGUACAUGAACGAGCUGAAGUACUUGAGAGGGCUGUAAGGAGAUGGCGAGUCCCAGCUGACUAAGCCUGCAAACUAACCUGCCCUUGCAUUGUUGUAUGUCAGCUUUUCUCUUAACAUUUUUAUGUUCUGUGGUAUCAGGGCUUCGGCUGUCAGUUAUAAACAAUUCCUUGUCCGUAGUAGGGUAAAGUCAGUGCAUGUUGCCUUGGGCCCAGAAUCAUUAUUUUCAUUUUGUGCUUCCUCGUGACUUCCUGCCUUUUAGUGUCACCGGUAAAACCCUGGUUUGUUCAUAGUUUCAUUUACCAUGAUCUAUGUAGAUAUUGAUGUUGCCUUCCUCCAAGGAUGCUGUUUCACCUGGACAGUUAUCUUUCACACUGGUGUACACCAUUCCAUUUGAGUAAUAAACAUGAAGUGAAGCAUGUGUUUUCCUUUACA